AUGGCGGCGACGUUGGCCAUAUCACCGGCCAUCUCGGCGGCGGCACGCCACAGCGAAUAUACCUUCCUUGAGUACAGCCCGGAGCAAAAACAACAACAGCGACAACACCAGCAAGAUAAUGAGCAAAUAAACGUCAAGCAUGAGGCCUCUUGGAGCUACUGUGGGCCGCUCCUCAACUCGGGCUUGGGAAUGCCGGCAACCUUUGACGAGUUUGCUCAGGCAACCUUCACAGGCCCUGUUCUGCCCAAGCUUCUGCCAUUUCUUGACUUUGUCAAUGCAUUUCUCGCCUCAAACGGUCUCCACCACUAUUUCCUAACUGUCCGCGCCACCACUCCAACUCAUGAAUUUGACCACCCAAGAUGGCACACGGAUGACCUCUUCUUUGCUAAUCUAACUGAUGGAUAUCUGCCCGGCAGUCGGCUGGGGGGCAACGGACAAGAGAACCGUGCGGCCGAUCCACGUACAGCCGGCACUGACUGGAAGAUCUGUACCACGCUUCAGGGUCCGGCCACUCUCUUCAUCCCCCACAGGCACCAAUCACGAGCCCGUGAGACACAGCGCCGGGCACAGGAAGCCGCCAGCACCAACCACCAAUGCCUCUCAAUACGCUGUGUGAGGGAGGAGCUUGAUGCCAAGCUGGCAUCAUGUGGUGUCGAGACUGCUAUGCCUGGGGAGUGCACAUUCUUCCGGGUCGGGCGUGACGAGGGAGCCAUACACUCAGAACCCGUCAUGAGCAAUGGGCAGUGCGGGAGGGUGUUUGUCAAUGUGGUGCCGGGGACGGAGCAAGAGCUCAGACUGCUCAUUGGGAAGUGGGGGAUGGAGUUUCCCAGAGAAUGGUGGGUCGGAAGUAAUCAUAUCUUGAGGGUUCACAACUCGUAG